AUGUCUAUACCUAACCCUAAGAAGACCGAAGGAGGCUUACUAUGCAGAGCAGUAAACCCGGAAGCUAACACUGUCAGAAGGGAUCCUGAAAUCGGCCUGCCCGUUGAAUACAGCAGUGAAAUAGCCGGUGCAAUCCUUUCCCCUGAAAAAGUUUCCCUGGGUACAGUCGUCGAUCUCAAAGAUUGGGCCUUUGAUCUCGUUGAAGCAUUUGCCGUGCUCAGGUUUGCCACCUUCCUGGAGGGUAUUCGAGUCAUAAUCGGUGAUUCUCCAUGCCAGCGUGGGAGAAGACACCGCUGA